AUGGCACAGAGGAUCUUGGAACCGUUCAGAAAAUUGCCCCAUCAAUUGCAAAAUCUUGAAAUUGUUAAGCGGAUACAUGAUUACACACUUGGGAAACAUACCGAUAGUUACUCUUGUCACCAGUCGUCUGCUUACGGAUGUCUGGAGUCUCCAAGCGCUUUGGCUUUCGAUGAAGUUCUUGGCUUAUUAGCUGUAGGAACAAGUAAAGGAUAUGGCUCACCGGGCAUUGUUUUCACUGUCCAACGAGAGGGUUCUCCGAUAAUUUCUCUUUUGUUUUUACCAGGUGAAGGGCGGAUUGUUUGCGCUUCGACUGACGGAACUUUAUAUCUUUUUGAACUAGAUUCUAGAUGUGGACGAUGGUCACCAACUAGCCAAGUGAAAGUUCAGCAAACCGGUGAACAAGAUCUUAUUACAUGUAUUUGUCUUGGUCAUGGUGUUAUUUACAUUGGUUCUGCAAACGGUACACUGCGUCAAGUUGCGGUUAAAAAUGGUCAUAUGACACUGGGAGAUGAUACACUCACUGCAUGUACAAGUUCAAUUAUCAGCGAUAGUGUCCCCGCAGACAAGCGAGAUCAACUUGGGGUAGACUCUCCCAUUAUAUCCCUUGAAUUGCAACCUCAAGGUAAUCAUCUACUGAUCGCAUACUCAGGGGGCUGUGUAGCAGUGGCUAUUCCUCAGCCUAUUCCAUCAGAAAGCGUUACACAACCAGCUGCUCCGGGGGAUGUUGUCACUGCUCCUACAGCUCAGGGGGAAGUUGUUACUCCAAAUGUUGUCGAUGAGUUGGCUCCAACUAUUCCCCAAGAAACUCAGGGUGAAGCAACAACAGGUGACAAAACUGAAGUAAACGGAGAGAAGUCUCAGCAAGUUUCAAACGACAGUGCUGUCGAGUCAACUCCUAGUACUCCUGCUAAGGGACAUUCGGAGAAGCGAUCAACCCUAAAGUUUAAGGCGUUGACACGUAGUUUGAGACCUGAUGCGUCUAAAGCAGAGAAAGAAGAACCAUCAUUACCUGUACCUCCAGCUCCUCGUAUCAGUCAUUUACUGCUUCGCGACCAACCAGUUGAAUGGGCCUCAUGGCGUGUUACAUCCGUGGACUCUUUAUCUACUGAAGUUGUAGUUGCUUAUGGUGAUGGUGCAUUUCAGGUUUGGCCUAUUGUUGCAGCUGUUAGUGAUCAACCGUUUGAGCCAAUCAUUGUAUCAAUGAUAGAUCCACCAAACACUCCAUAUGGUCCUUUACCUUGUGGCGCAAUAAAUAAAAUAUUGAUCAGUCCAUCUGCAAAUGCCGGUUUACUAACAGUGUUUUGCGGAGGUUUACCACGUCCCCAAUUUGAGAAUCGUUAUGCAGUGUCUGUCUUACAAGAUCAUGAACAUCAUGUUUGUUAUCAGUUUGGAUCAAAGGUUAUUGAUUUUGUACUUGUACCGAGUGAAGGAAGUGUAUCAAAUGAAACGGUUUCAGGUGAAGUUGUGACUAAACCUUGUCCACCUAGUUAUUCUGCUACAUUAUUAGUGCUUACUGAACGUGAACUUGUUGCGAUUGAUUUAACUCAACCCGAUUGGCCUGUCUACGAUUCACCAUAUCUUAAUUGUAUGGAUUUCACUCCGGUUACAGCUAUAACUCACAUAGGACAGGUUCCACCAGCUCUAAUCCAUCGGCUACACCAAGCUGCUCAGAUAACUUCAGAUGAUAUUACCAACUGUUCAUGGCCAAUAUGGGGCGGGUCUCAUAAUGGUAACAAGAAAAAUUUUGCACAAAAUUCUGGAAAUGACGUUAUCGUCCUUGGACAUUCAAAUGGAUGGGUUACUUUAUGGGCAGUUGGUCGAGGAGAUACUACAGUUCAUCUGGGAACUUUACCAACUUCGUCUUUGUUUAAUUUAACUGAUUUGCAAAAUGGUCAGAAGUGUGGGAAUUCGAUAUUGGAGGAAGAAACGUGGCCACCUUUUCGUCCAGUUGGUUAUUGUUCUCGAGCACAACGUCAAUCUGUCGAGAAUUGUGACCCACGCUUGGCUAUUACACAGUUACUUGUUUUACUGGGAAGUCCAAUUCGAUCAGGUGUUAGCGGUUCAAUUGCACCGGAUACAUUGACACUCGUUGUGGGUGGUGCUGGUGGUCAAGUGAGCCUAUGGGUCGCCGGUUCAGAAGGAUUUUUGCAUUCACCGGAACUUAGUUCUUUUGAGCCUGAUGUAUUCAGAAUAUGUGUUAGCCUCAUUGAUCAUUCAGAUGAGAAUAAAUAUAUUUGGAAAGAUGCUUUAUCUCUUCGACCUACCGAAGGUGUCCCUCAUUAUUGCACACCAAGUGGACUAACAUUUCAUCCCUGUCAACUUAUUCAACUAAAUCCUCCUAGCCAGAUUACAUCUCUUGCAUUGGAGUUGUCUUGGAAUCUAUUGGCCAUCGGUUCUUCACACGGAUUUGCUUUGUUAGACUUAUUUGAUCGUUCUAUAAUCCAUGCUCAUUUCACUUACGAUUCAUCAGGUCCUGCAAAGAUUGUUAAUGCUGUUGCUACUGUACAAAAUGUGAUAAUGGCUCGAGGAAGACAGCUUACAUCAACAAUGAGACAAUCAUUUAGACGUUUAAAACACUUUCGUACUUCAACAGCGAGCUCUGAGAAAACUUCGGGCGAACCUACUGCACCAGUUGAUGAACAUCUAACAACGCCGCAACAAACCGAAAAGAGUCUUGAUGAAACCUCACCUACAGAUGAAAUUAAAGAACAAGAUCAACCUGUUAAAGCAGAUGAAAAAAAGGAAAUCCAAGAAAAUGUUGAAGCUGUAGGAGUAACAGAGCAACCAACAACUUCUGUAGAAUAUGAAGAACCGAAACAACAAUCAAUAACGGAUAAUGCUGAGGUUGAUGUUCCUCCUGAACCUAUUCAACUGAGCCAAGAGGAUAUAGUAUCAUCAGCUGUUCGUUGUCUCCUGUUUUCUGAGACGUAUGUUCAAGUGGGAGACCGUGCUCCUUCUGUCUGGGUUGGUACAGCUUCAGGUAAAGUGUUGGCUUUUAAUUUGUCAUGGAGAGGUACUUCUGGACCCGUUAAGGCGACAUUGUCCAAGGAACUACAAUUGCAUCAUCACUCUCCAAUUGUUUCUUUGUAUAUCAUCGAUGCAGUUGAUCAUGGACCAAUUAUGCAUAGCCAAGCUUACAGGAAUUCGUGUGUCGAAUCAGUUGAAAGUAAUGAGAAACAAGAAUCUGCUCAACCGUCAGAACCUCCUGCUGAAGUUUCAAUGGAUGGUGGUAAAGAUACUGAAAUACCUAUUCAAUCAACAUCAGCCACACAGGAUGUGCAUCAAUUACUUUUGUGCUCUGAGGAACAAGUUAAAUUGUUCAGUAUACCUUCACUUCGUCCAAUUUAUAAGCAUAAAUUUAUUGACCGCCUUCGUAUGCUUGGUAUGUCAGUGACUUCUGGUGCUGGUUCAACUUCUAAACCAGAGAAGGAAGUGAUUGAAGAAGCAGCAGAUACAGUUGUUGGCGAGAGCGAGGUACAUAAGUUAAUGCAUUGGUUUUUGUGAGGACGGCACCCGAGUGAACUCAAGGAAGCUCAGGAAGAGUCGAAGAAAAGUCAGAAAACUACAAAAUUCUUAACAGCUUAUUAAACCACGCCAAACCCUAUUGUCUCAUAUGGAAAGUCCCUUGCUGAAGCUAUGUUUGGACACUUCAAUUUGACUCAAAAUUCGGACUUUGAUAUCAGCAUCUUCAGGAGAUCGGGGACUACAUACAAACGCAAGACGCUUAAACUGGUCUUCUGCCAUUAUCGGUAAUUCAAAACACUCACACUCGUGAUUUACUAUGCUAGCUUGUUUCACCCGCUCAUCGUUUCCAGCUUUUGCUAACUUGGUAACGAAUAUCAAACAAAGAUGACUGUUCACCAAAGAUUUGCUACAAAAUUACGUCCGCCACAUCAACUGAAAGGUCUCUCACAUUCUUGGAAUAAUGAAAUUAGUGUACCGUUCAUGUUCAGCUAUGCCAAAUUUGCAUAGUAGUACUCGGACCUUUGCGGCGUCAUCAAAUGUUUAUUGGUCGACUUCGAAUUCUUCUUCCGAACAUAGCUUCAGAAGGGGAUUUCCUAUCUGGGACAGUAGGAUGGAACGUAGUUCUAUAAGCUGUUAAGAAUUAUAUAAUUGCCUGACUUGUCCCCUCCUUUCCCCCUUUCAGGAAUGCUCUUUUAAAUGUGUCAACGAAGCUCUCUGCCUGUCCACUUGAUUGAGGGUGAUAAGGUGGAGAACGUAUAUGUGUAAUUUCAUUAGUGCUACAGAAGUGCUUGAAUGACGCUAAAAUGCAUUGUGAGUCGUUGUCAGUCACC